UUUCUCUAUCAAUCGUAACCUUUGGCCAAGGAUAAAGUCUACAGUAACAGACUUUACAUUAUAGUGACAGCAAUAUGGCUCUUCAAGCUAGGGCUCUGGUUACCUCUAAAUGGCUUGCGGAGGCUGUGAAAGUACGAGGCAAACUGCGCGUUUUGGAUACUUCUUGGUAUUUACCCAAACUCCUCAGGCACGCAAAGAGCGAAUUUAAGAAGAGGCAUAUACCUGGAGCAGUUUUCUUUGACAUAGACCAAUGCUGUGACAAAACCUCCCCUCUGGACCACAUGUUGCCAUCUGAGAAGGUUUUUGCAGAUUAUGUGGGCAAUUUGGGCAUAGAGAGCGACUCGCACGUCGUGGUCUACGACUGCAGUGAAUUCGGUGCAUUUUCUGCGCCUCGUGUGUGGUGGAUGUUCCAGGUGUUUGGGCAUAGUACGGUGUCCGUGUUGAACGGGGGUCUCGUAAACUGGGUGCUGGAGGGUCGGCCAGUGAAUGACCAGUACGUCAGACCUACGCGGACCGAGUUUAAAGCCUCUGUGAACCGGUCAUGGGUAAAGACCUAUGAGGAUAUCCUGAAUAACCUGGAUACAAAGGAAUUCCAGGUGGUGGAUGCCAGGCCUUCUGGCAGGUUUAGAGGACUGGACCCUGAACCCAGAGACAACACAGAGCCAGGCCACAUCCCGGGCUCCAUCAACAUCCCUUUCUACUCAUUGUUGUCCUCCUCUGGUCACUUCCUUCCCAAGGAGCAACUGCGGGAUCUCUUCAUUCACGCUGGUGCGGACCUCACGCGUCCCAUAUGUGUCUCAUGUGGCUCUGCCGUGACAGCGUGCCACGUGGCACUGGCAGCCCAUGAGUGCGGACACCCAGGAGUGUAUGUGUAUGAUGGUGGGUGGUCAGAGUGGUACACCCGCGCCGUGCCAGAGAACGUCAUAUCUGAAGGCAGAGGAAAACAUUUGUGAUUGGUAGAGGACACCAGAUGAUGUGACUGAUGGCUGGAACUGGAUCAGACUCAAAACGGAUCAAAAGAAUUUAUGUUUGGGGUGUCUUGAGGUUAAUGCCAGCAAAUGUAUUAAAGCUAACUAGCUAAACUAACUAAACUAACAUCAAAACAGGAAUAGUGGGACACAGCUAACCUUUCUCUGUCAAAAGUUA